AUGAAUAACCAAGAAGUUACGUAUGCAGAACUCAGUCAGGUUAAGGGCUCAAGAAGACAGCAAGUGAAAGCUAAGGGCACUAAAAGUGGCAUUUCGGAAACAGAGCAGGAAAUAACCUAUGUAGAAUUAAAUCUUCAAGAUGUUUCUCGGGAUCUUCAAGGGAAUGGCAAGAACUUCCAGUGGAAAGGGAAGCUCAUUGCUGACAUUCUGGGAAUCAUCUGCCUUGUCUUGAUGUCCACUGUGGUCACAAUAGCUGUUGUUCAUUCUGAUCCAUGUUUUCAUUGUCCAAAAGAGUGGAUUACAUAUUCCAAAACUUGCUAUUACAUUAGCACUGAAAGAAAACCAUGGAAUGAAAGUCAGUUGUCCUGUGCUAAGAAGUCUACCCUGCUCUCCAUAGAGGAUGAAGAGGAAAUGUAUUUGUUGAGCUUCCUCAUUCGUUCUUCAUGGAUUAGUAGAGAUUUCCGGAACAUCAGUAUUAAUUCAUCUGUGUGGCCAAAAGUCUCCACCUCCUUUCCUAAAGUGUCAUCGAUUUCUUCAGAGAGUGACAAGAAGUGUCCCUUUUUCAACUUUGACUCAAAGAAAACUUCUUUUGAACCCUGCUUGAAUCAAAAAAAAUAUGUUUGUAAGCUCUGGGCAUUUUAG